CAUGUGAGCAAAGAGCUUAAAAACCUCUGCCAAAACUCUCUCCUUUAAUCUUUACUUUCAAACACUAAAUAGCCAAACCUUAGAUACCAAUAUUAAGCAGCUUACAGGGAAAAAAACAUGUACAAGAAUCAGCUGCAAGAGCUUGCACAGAGAAGCUGUUUCAACUUACCAUCAUAUACUUGCAUAAGAGAAGGACCAGAUCAUGCUCCAAGAUUCAAAGCUUCUGUUAACUUCAAUGGUGAGAUAUUUGAGAGUCCCACUUACUGUUCCACGCUCAGACAAGCUGAACAUGCAGCUGCUGAAGUUUCACUUAAUGUCCUUUCCUCUAGAGUCCCUUCAAAGUCUCUAACUGCUAAGAUUCUUGAUGAGACAGGGAUUUACAAGAACCUGCUUCAAGAGACAGCACAUAGAGCUGGUCUUGAUCUACCAAUGUACACAAGUGUAAGAUCAGGAUCUUGCCACUUCCCAGCUUUCUCUUGCACCGUGGAACUUGCUGGGAUGAGUUUCACUGGUGAAUCAGCAAAGACAAAGAAACAAGCCGAGAAAAACGCAGCAAUUGCAGCUUGGUCUUCUUUGAAAAAAAUGUCAAGCUUGGAUUCUAAGGGAGAAAAGGAAAAUGGUGAAGAGAAGGAACAAGAAGUUGUAGCAAGAGUACUCUCGAGAUUCAAACCCAAAGAAUUGAGAAGAAGAGAGACAAACCAAUGGAGAAGAAGAACAAUUCAACAGGAUACAAACAAGGAUUUGUUGAUUGAGAGAUUAAGAUGGAUCAAUCUCUCGAUCAAUGACGCUUCUUCAUCAACAACACAGAGACAACACAAACCCAGUUUCAUCUCUCUCCUUCCCCCAACACAAAACCAGCCAUUAAGACCAAAUCUCCAACAAUACAAAGGCAAAUCAACACAAGAAGCUAGGCCAGAGACAGAGAUGAUCAUCACAAAGGCGCUUCCUUUACCAAUGGCUGAUUAUAAAGCCAGGUUCAACGAAUCAUCAAACAGAAUCAGUAACCGAAUCCCCUUUUCCGACAAAGGCAGAUUCAAUCUCGUCGGAGGUUGUAAUAGGCUAGCUCCAGCAGUUCAAGUCAGGACAGUGAUUCCAGUUUUCGCAGCUCCACCACCAUCGAAACAAAACCCUAAACCUAACCCAUCAACAUCAUCGUCGUCAGACAGUGAAUCCAGAUCAAUAAAUUCUUGCUCUGUUCCGAAUACGACAGGAUUUUGAAUCGAAAAUUUUGUAGCAGACCCAUGAUUAGUUAGCUAAAGUUUGUAAAAGGGUUAAUCUCAAAUUAAAUCCUUGUGUUUCGCAUAUACUCCAGAUUAUAAUAGAUCAGUAUACU